CGUCAUCAAUUUUGUGGAAACACGGACUGUGAAUCGGUGCAGGGCAGUUUCAGGUUCUGUUGGUGCUUGCGAUGGUCGCAUUCGUAUAUAAGGCAGCCUGCUUUGUCUCGAGGACUCUCAUUCCCACUAAGCCUCCCGCUCCUCUCCCAAAACCUUCAUUUCGCUAUUACUCUUAGACAUGCCUGCUGUUGUUAUUAGCACACAUGCCGGACAUGAGCUCGACGCUGUUUCCGAUGCAGUAGAUGACGUAAAUGUUCUCAAGGCCAAAAUUUGGGACUCUCAGUCUGAGUUUGAUUCUACCAAAGACAAGACGAACUUCCGGCAGUAUGAGACUGCCUGCGAUCGUGUCAAGAAUUUUUACAAAGAGCAACAUGAAAAACAGACUGUAGCUUACAACAUCAAGGCCCGCAUGGAAUUCAAAAGCCGGAAACGCGCUCGCAUGGGUAUCUGGCAAGCUAUGGAAAUGCUCAAUACGCUUGUAGAUGACUCGGAUCCAGAUACUGAACUUUCGCAAAUUGAGCAUUUGCUCCAGACUGCCGAGGCUAUCCGACGCGACGGCAAGCCUGAAUGGAUGCAAGUUACCGGUUUGAUCCACGACCUUGGUAAGCUGCUGUACCUAUUUGGCAGUGAAGGCCAGUGGGACGUUGUCGGUGAUACCUUCGUGGUCGGCUGCGCCUUCUCCGAUAAAAACAUAUACCCCGAUACCUUCGCCGGCAACCCAGACUUCCACGACGCUGUUUAUUCCACGCAGCAUGGAAUUUAUGAGCCUAACUGCGGCCUUGAUAAUGUUAUGGUGUCUUGGGGUCAUGACGAGUAUCUCUACAGUGUCGUUAAGGAUCAGAGCUCGCUUCCUGCAGAAGGACUUGCUAUGAUCAGGUAUCACAGUUUUUAUCCAUGGCACCGUGAGGGAGCUUACACGCACCUCAUGAAUGAGAAGGAUCGCGUAGCCCUUCAGGCCGUUCGCGCCUUCAACCCUUAUGAUCUCUACUCAAAGAGUGACGAGCCCUGCGAUACUGAAAAACUUCGCCCAUACUACGAGGGCCUCAUUGCUAAAUUCUUCCCUUCUGAGAUUGACUGGUAGGUGCGCGUGAUAGAGCGCACGACUUUAUUUUAAAAUCAUAGACAACCGUCUGGUAGUAUAGAUACAGCCUCUUAGUCGAUAUAGAGGGCAAGACCCGUGCAGCUUAGAUGUGUAUUUUUUUCAAGGUUUGUGUCCUUAGUUGUUCCAUCUACUUUAUUUCAGCAGUAUCCCAAUGUCCGUAUAGAAGCAUUUAUUAGCAUCUACAUAAUUUAAAUUGUUGCCACAGAA